AGAGCAUUUUUUUCGCCCACACUUCCAACCACCAGUGGUGAUGUGUUUGGUGGAUCUGAAAUUCUGAAUCGCCCCCAAAUCUGAAGAAUUCUGAUCUGCCCACCGCUUCUCUUCUUCUUCAGCAGCAUCAGGGAUCUCGAAUUGUGAAUUCCCAUGGCCACCAAGGUUCUUGACAAGCUCACGGUGGCGGCCUCCCCUCCGGCCGCUGGCGGGGUGCUCCCACUGACCUUCUUCGACGUGCCCUGGCUCUUCACCGGCCCGGUGGAGCGCGUCUUCUUCUACCCCUACCCCCACCCCGUCGACCACUUCACCGCCCACCUCCAGCCCUCCCUCGUCUCCUCGCUCUCCGCCGCGCUGCACGGCUUCUACCCGCUUCUUGGCCGCGUCCGGCCGUGCCCGCCGGACGGCGGUGGAGGGUACGAGUUCUGGUCGACCGGUGGGGAUGAGGACCGCGUCGAGCUCACCGUAGCCGAGAGCUCAUACGACUUCGACGAGCUCUCCGGCGGCGGCCCGAGGGAUGUUGGCCGGCUGUACUCGCUGGUGCCGCAGCUCCCGCGGCCGGAAGACGCGAGCUUUGCGCUCGCGGCGGUGCAGGUGACGAUUUUCCCCAGCAGGGGGAUCGCCGUCGGUGUGUCCAUCCACCAUGUGGCCUGUGACGAUUCCAGCUUCAUGCACUUCGUCAAGACCUGGGCCGGCCAUUGCCGGGUGGCAGCCGGCGCGGACGCCGCCACGGUGCCGCCGGCGCCGUUCUUGGACCGUGGCGUGGUCGCCGAUCCCGAUGGCCUUGCCGCGAAGACGCUCGAUCAAAUUCGGCAACUGGCGGCCGGCGGGCCACCCCCGCCACCGCCGUCCGGGCCGCCGCCGAAGCUGGUCAUGGCAUCGUUCACGCUCACUCGCGACUGCAUUGACAAGCUCAAGCAGCGCGUCACGGCGAGCGGCGGCGGCGGCGGCGUCCACUGCUCGGCCUUCACCGUGGCGUGCGCGUACGCGUGGACCUGCCUUGUGCGAGUCGACGCCAGCGCCGCCGGCAGGGAGCGAGCGCACCUGCUGUUCUCGGUGGAAUGCCGCCGCCGGCUCACCCCGCCGGUGCCGCAGGAGUACCUGGGCAACUGCCUCCGACCUUGCUUCGUGGAGGUCGACAUGGGCGGCCUUCUCGGCGCCGACGGCGUGGUGACGGCGGCGGUGGGGAUCGGCGCGUCCAUCAGAGGGCUUGACGACGGCGUGCUGGACGGCGCCGACGGGUGGUUCCACAAGAUCUUGUCGAUGAUGUCGCACCGGCCAAUGUCAGUCGGCGGCUCGCCGCGGUACGGCGUGUACGACACCGACUUCGGCCUGGGCCGGCCGAGGAAGGUGGAGCUGUUGUCCAUUGACAAGACGCCCGGCACGGUGUCGAUGGCCGAAGGCCGCGACGGGCAGGGCGGGAUCGAGAUCGGCGUGGCGCUGCCGGAGGCCGAGAUGGAUCAGUUCACCUCCUGCUUCUCCGAUGGGCUGAAGCAGCUGUGAGGAAGAGCUUGCAUUUCAGAAAUUCAGAGUUUGUUCAGUUUGGGUUCUUAUGUAAUUCUAGCUGUUGUUCUUGCAGAUUGCAAUUGUUCAUCAAUCACAUAAGCAAUUGCAGUUGUUGUUCAAUCACAUAUUCACAUAUGUUGUUAAUUAUACUACAUUGCUACAAUAUUGGAAGAUUGAGACUGUAAA